UCGCUUUUGGAUCCUUUUGUGCAUCGCUGCUCACAAAUUGAAAUCCAGCAACGAAAGCAACCACCAAAGCAACCGUAGCAACCAUGAAGUCUGUUCAUUUUUCAGAGGAACUAUUCACCGUGAUUGACGAUGAAGCUACAGCACCCAGUGCUACCGUUAUUGGCAAGUCUGUGUCUUCCAUGUUCUUCCAUUUGAAGACCAAGUUGGGCAAACCCAGCGUAAGUGCGCUUUGGUACUCGGAGGAGGAGAUGGACAAGCAAUUCCAGCUAGAUCUGGCUCUAGCUGAAGCAUGCAAUGACGCAGACAAUGACGACGAUGAAGAGCUAGAUACCAGCGCAUAUGGCCAGUGCUGCCAACGAGGCCUCGAGUACGUUUUGGAUCCUGAUCGAAAGAUGUAUAACAAAAUGUACGUUCGGGCUGUCAAGGAACAAGCACACUGUUUGCAAGCGCAUAAGCAAGGGCAAGGGCAAGAUCAACAUCAAGAUCAACAUCAAGAUAUCUCUGAAGAACUCGCUCGGUUUGCCCAAGAGAUCUCCAAGAACAACCGAGCUAGAGCUGCCAAGACUGCAAAGAAGGACGCCAAGGACGCAAUGGUCAUUCACAGGCGUGGAAAUCCUCUCGCCAAGGGCAUGAUCACUGUCAUCUGUCGCAGGACCAGCUAUGCCGAACAACAAGGACAACAGACACAGAAGAAAUCAGUGGUCGCACAGUCCGCAUAGACACAUUCAUGAUCUACAUACAAAAAAGAAUGAUGUUUGAGCUUAUGGUUGACUAAUGUAAAAGUAAAACUACAUAAUAUAUUCUAAUGAGAGA